AUGCAACAGCUCCGAAGAAAUAGUUCUUCAAAUUCCGACGGCGACUUAAUUGGCUCGACAAAUAUCAACGGCUUCGUAGUUGAGUUGGGGUAUGAGAAUAUAGUCCGGUGGAUUUUUAAGACAUACCCAGAAACUGCACUCAAUGUUCAAUCUCAGGACCCAAAGCUCAGAACAUACUAUAUGAACGUUCUCUUGGAUGCCAUUCGGAUACUUGGCCACGAGAGACCGCUCUCUGAUUCUCAACUAAGCAGAACUUCGGAUAAAUUGGCUUAUCUGACGCAAGCCGGUUUUAAGUUGGAAUGGUUGUGGUCAAAGCUCGAGAUGGCUUACUUGGCGAGGAAGAAACGUGAUGCUUGUGAAGCUCGGAUUGUGGAACUCAAACAAGAGGUCAAGAAACAUGAGGGUGCCAUUUCUGGUCUCAAAGCGGAAUUAAAAAACGAGGAGGCCAAGCUGAAUCCUCGUUCGUUCUGGAAUCUUUUGGAGAAUUGCUUUUGCCUAGGGACAUAA